GUUCGUCACAGUUUGGUAAUUGGUCGUUCAAUUACCAUCACGUCGUUUUCGCUUAUUCCUGCACAUUUAAAUUAGUUAAAAUAAAAUACAAUAAAAUAAUAGUAUUUUACUUUUAUUGUAUAACAGAAAAUUUAACUAAUACUUCGAAAAACGUAAAGUAUUUACUUUUUUCGUAACCAUAAGUGAAAUACGCAGUAGACGGACAUAAAGCAGCAGCAAAGUGAAGAAGAAAAUAAGUGAAAAAUCUAAAAUUUUCAUUAGAGCUUUUCACAUAUUCCAAAGAAGCAAAGAACCGGCCAGAUAGUGAAAUCUAAGCAGUUUGAUUUUUAUAUCUGCUUUAAUUGAAUGCGAAAAAGUUGGAAGUAGUUUUAUCACAUAGAACUAGAAUAAAGAACUUCGCAUCGAAGCUGAAGACUAUAAUUGUGCUAUUUCAGUGAAAUAGGGGCAAUUACAAAGUUAGAAGCAACUUGAAAAGUACGACUUUUGUUCUAAAAGAAUAAAAGCUAAAUUAUAUACAAAAAAAUCCAUUUUCGACAAGGAUUUCAGAGAAGAAGUAAAUAAAAUGUACGCAGGUGGUUAUGCAGUAAACGGUAGCAGCCCACAAGCCAACUCUACUGGUUUUUAUGGUGGUGGUGGCGCUGCAGCUGCUGGGCCCCGUCCCGAGCGUCCCCAUUAUCAACGAAAUGCUAUAAACAACGGAACCAAUGCCGGUAUGCCAUAUGGUGGUAGCUCUGGUUUAUAUGGGGGUACACAAAACACCUACCGUGGUGCAAAUAACACCAACUCAAUGAUGACAAGUGGAGGACCAAACUUUUAUGGUAACGGAAUUACUAAUCCUGGCGGUUUCCAAGCACGAGGUAAAAAUCCAAAUUUCGUACCUCGUCAUCAAAAGCCGAAUGGUGGUUAUCAACCAAACAACGGAGGUUAUCAUGGUGGUAUUAACUUGGGACUUUUGAGUAAAGAAGAGAGAGCUGAAUUACAGCGUGAAAAAGCCAAAAAUCCUGGACGUAAUUUACAAAUCCCACGUUGGGAGAAUUUGCAACCCUUUAAAAAGAAUUUCUACGCACCACAUCAAAAUACAUUGAAUAUGAGUGAACAAGCAGUUGCUGAGCUUCGCAACGAGUUGGAAAUAACCGUGUCAGGUAAUGGGAUACCUCACCCGGUAUCGACCUUCGAGGAAUGUUCUCUUCCAGAGUACACAAUUGAAGAGAUGAAGCGUCAGGGUUUCACAAAGCCUACCGCUAUUCAAGCUCAGGGUUGGCCGAUUGCACUCUCAGGCCGUGACUUAGUGGGUAUCGCACAAACAGGUUCUGGCAAAACAUUGGCAUAUAUGUUACCCGCUAUGGUGCACAUUGCUAACCAACCACCGUUGCAACGAGGAGAAGGUCCAAUAGCACUUGUAUUGGCACCAACACGUGAGCUGGCUCAACAAAUACAAUCCGUCGUUCGUGAUUAUGGGCAUUUGUCUAAGCCUGAAAUACGUCACACAUGUAUUUUUGGUGGCUCGUCGAAAAUACCACAGGCUCGUGAUUUAGAAAGAGGUGUUGAAGUGAUUAUCGCAACUCCUGGCCGACUUAUCGAUUUCUUGGAAAAUCGAAACACAAAUUUGCAACGUUGUACCUAUUUGGUAUUGGAUGAAGCGGAUCGUAUGUUGGAUAUGGGUUUCGAGCCACAAAUUCGUAAAAUCAUUGAACAAAUUCGUCCUGAUCGUCAGGUAGUCAUGUGGUCAGCCACUUGGCCAAAGGAAGUACAAGCAUUGGCCGGUGAUUUCUUGAAAGAUUACAUUUCCAUUAAUAUUGGUUCGAUGAAUCUAUCCGCCAAUCAUAAUAUUCGUCAAAUGGUUGAAAUUUGUCAAGAAGUAGAGAAGCCCCAACGAAUUGUUAAGCUCUUGCAGGAAAUAGCGCCAACAACUAACAAUGCUGCUAACAAUAACAACAAGAUUAUUAUCUUUGUCGAAACUAAAAUCAAGGUUGAGGAAAUUUUGCAAAUAAUUCGAAACGAAGGUUAUACUGCCACUUCCAUACACGGUGACAAGUCGCAGCCCGAACGUGAUUCAGUUUUGAAAGAUUUCCGUAAUGGAAAGUCCAAUAUUUUGAUUGCCACCGAUGUGGCAUCUCGUGGUCUAGAUGUGGAGGACUUACAAUAUGUAAUCAAUUAUGAUUAUCCAAAUUCGUCUGAAAAUUAUGUGCAUCGUAUUGGGCGCACAGGUCGUUGUCAACAAUUGGGCACAGCUUAUACAUUCUUCACUCCUGAUAACGGCAAACAGGCACGCGAUUUGAUUUCUGUGCUUGAAGAGGCUGGUCAAGUGCCACCACCAGAAUUAUUAGAUUUGGCACGAUCAUCCGGGGGAAAUGGUAAUAAUCGUGGCAACAACAAUCGUCGCUGGCAGCAACAAACUCAUCAGCCACCGCAUCAACAGCGCAGCAAUCCACUAAACUAUCAGGCAGGCAACAACGCUGCUUAUGCUCCCAAACCGAAUCAUUAUCAGCAGCAAAAUAAUGGUAUGUACCAGCAGCAUAACGGUGUUGGUAGUGGUGGCACCGGUGGAAAUUGGAAUAAUCGUUCUGGCGUGGUUGGUAGCAGCGGUACUAGUGGUCAAUAUAAUAGUGCCGAUGCCAAUGGUGGUCGCACUUAUCGUCCACGUGCACCUUUCAAUGCUGGUGGCCCACGCCCCAUGAUGGGCUACAUGCCACCACAUAUGCAACAAAAUAGCGGUUAUGUGCCACAACAGCAAUACCGCCCACGUAGUCAACAGUUCAUUCCACAACAAAAUGGAAACGUACCACGUUUCCAACAAUAUCAAAAACGGGAAUAUAAUCAACAACAACAGCACUAUGAUAAACAACAACAGAAUGUAGUCGCUAGUGGUGGCGCUGGUGGUGUUGACCAUCAACAGCACAGUGGCGUUAUAAAUGGAGCUGCAGUUACCAACUUGCAGCAACAACAACAGCAGCAGCAACACCAACAGCAAGUAAAUGUCGCUGCAAAUAUAGCAGCUGCAGUGGCUGCCGCUGGUGGUCAACUGGGCGGUGAAUAUCCCAGUAAUGUACCUACACCACCAGCUGCAGCUUUGUAUGCUGCACCAGCACAAUCGCCACCCACUGCAGCUGCCAAUACUGCUGCUGCUUAUAUGUAUGAUGCUAGUGGUGUUUUGGCUGCUGCUGCCGCCGCCGCUGCUGCCAAUCCAUACGGUGGCUUGCCACCACAUGCCACUGCUGCAUACUACGCUCACCCACAUCAGUUUCCUACCGGUGUGGCACAAGCCACUGCUGCCGAUGUAAUGCAACAACAGCAGCAACAACAACAACAACAAAGAGCGUAAGUGCAUGAAAAAAGACGAUUGAAUUAUUGGCAGUGCGCUCAGCGAAAACAUAUAACAUAUACAUUUCUUCAAUUUUAUCGACAUACUUACAAAUAUUUACUUAUUGAUAAUGCAAAAAAAAAAAAAGAUAUUCAUAAAUAAUAAUAAUAAUCGAUAAACGGUAAUUGUUCAAGCUAUACAUGAAAUACGAAGCCGGUAUAAGCUUAAAAGGUAUGACGCCGAGAAAAACACUAAGCUGAAAGAAAUUGUUGGAAAUGGUAACAAAACUAAUUUUUUGCAAGCAUAAAUAAGAGAUGCAAGUAUUUACACUCUUUUAUUGACUUACAAACAAAUUUCGGUAAACUAUCUUUCAAUUCGAAAUUUAAAUUUAAAAAAAAAAACGUAUUAUUUCUUUUGUAAGGGAAUAUAAGAUCGGCGGUUUACCUUAAAGCAAAACACUUUUACUGUAAUCGCAACAAGGCCUUCAGCCUUCAGUUGUUGUGAACGGCAAUUCCACAAAUUGGCUAAUUUUGAAUAAUCAUAUAAUGUACAAGUCUACAUACAUAAGCAGUGAAUAAUUUUCACAACUUUUAAUAUACUGGAAUAUUUUUUUUUUUUUGGGUUUUAGGUUAAAAAAUCGUUUCCGAUUUGAAUUUCUUAACGAAAAAUAUAAUUUAAAUUGAUUGAAUGAAUUGGCUUUCACAAACUAUAACCUACACUACUGGUGUAGACAUAAAAUAAAAAUAUAUUAUUUUAAGCAUUUAAAAAUGU